AUAUUAAUACACAACAAAACAAAAGUGUGCUUCUGCAAAAGCAGAGAGAGAGCGAAAUAAAAAUCAACACUUGCUACUAUUUAACUCUCUGUCCCUUGCCGGAGUUUUGCAAUUUGCUGCCACUCUCUCAUCUUUUAAUCCUCCGUUUUAGCUUCUCGCCAGAGUAUCCCAGGCGGGGAUCUCAUCGAGGACAUCUAAUGGCGUCUGCCAAUCAGUUUCAUUCAACAUCCCUCCCAAUGGAUAACCACUCUGUGACGCCGACCACUGCCACCACCGGUCUUGUAUUUCCGGCGAACUACGGUGUUAAACCUGAAGCUGCUUUGGUCAUGGAUUGGUCCCCUCAGGAGCAGUAUGUUUUGGAGAAGGGUCUUGCAAAAUUGAAAGAUGAACCGAAAGUUUCAAAGUAUGUGAAGAUCUCUGCAGCUCUGCCAGAUAAAACUGUAAGGGAUGUUGCAUUGAGGUGUAGAUGGAUGACGCGAAAACGAAGAAAAAGAGCAGAAACUAGUGCUGAGAGGAGCAUUAGCAAUAUAAAGGUGGUGGAUACAUCCCCAGAACUGAACAUGCUAGCCAAUGUGCCACAACAAAAUGCUGUAUAUGUCAUGAACAAUAUGCGCCACAGUACACAUAUUCCUUUUGAAGGUCCAAGUGACGAAGUAAUGGAUCUUCUACAGCAAAAUGCUCAAGCUUUCAGUCAGAUUUCUUACAACCUCUCCGCGUACAAGUUGCAGGAUAACAUCAGUCUCUUUUGUCUGGCAAGAAAUAACAUCAGCGCCAUUCUGACCGACAUGAAGGAGAUGCCUGGUAUCAUGAGUCGGAUGCUGCCUCUACCUGUUUCAGUUAACGAUGAUCUUGCCUGUCGUUUAUUUGCGAGUACAACACAGCCAAGAUCAUACACCAUUCAACCAAGCAUCCACCUGAAGCAAGAGCCGAGAAUUUGAUGGGGAAAGCUGGAUUUUGACCAAUGCUAAAAAAA